UGUGAGCGCGUGAGAGUAUGCACGCGGCUGUAUCAUAGCAGAAUGCACGACCCACGCGGCACGUGCCGGCGGCAAACCUAAAAGCCACACAAUCACGUGACCAGUCGCCGGAAGUUCGACGAGGCUCUCAUCAAGAUUAUCAGCAGCGAGACGCGCCUGCUUAUCUUCUAUCCCACCCUCACUCUGAUACCCGCAAGUCAGAGUGUGAUACGCCAGCUGCCGCGGACCGCUGGUAGAACCUUUCACAAGUUUUUCGCUGUAUUUUGCUUCGCCUUUCUCUCCUCCCUCACCUCCACUAGAGCAGGAGAAAUGUCUCAGCGACUUUCACUUGUAACCAGACUUUGAUUAGCUCUUGCCAGACGAAGCUGGUAAUUGCUUCUAAACGGAAGCUACAAACCUACAAGUUGUCAUGCCUGUGUGUGUGUGUGUGCACGCGCACGCUUGCAUGAAUAAACACAUAUCUGCAUAAUGUCAUGUUCGACCCAUCAUCCAUGCACACCCACACACGGGCAAGAUCAAGCACACACCUGUUGGCACGCAUCUACUGUCUCCACACACCUUCGUCUCUCUCUCUCACACACCACCUCCUGUGCACGCGGUCCUUCCAACCAAAUAAAACUGGAAAAGCACAAGGUGUGUGGGGCAAUGAGAGACAUCAUUCACAACAUUGGCGGCGCCCUACCACCCUCCCAACCAUCCUACCCUCCGCUGCAGUGCUGACUGGCGCGCACCACACUUAUCUCAGCAUCCCUCCCUACCCGUCCUCUUGCCCUCUCCUUAGUGUUUGGUAGAAAUAGUCUCUGGCACCAGUGGAGGGACAAGUACCGGACGCAAAUCCAUUUAGUUCCGUGAGCGUUUGUAGCCCAGACGAGGGCUUGCUGGUCAGUGGACCGACUGCACUCGUCAACAUUCCAAAUGGUGGGCGGAUCCUCUGACCUCAGGCAAUCACCCAAUUCAGGUAAAGCCGUUCAGCGGAACUAGCCAUCAGGAGAAUGAAGAGAGAACAUUUGACGGAGGCCGUUAAGGACAAGCCAUUGCUAUCGAGGUGCGUGAGGCUACCCGACGGUGCUGCCUACUCAGGCGCCUACCCUACGCGUCCGGCGGUCUGGAGGAGGAUCACGUCGCUUCCGCUGAGGCUAUGAGGGUCCACCAUAAUGAUGGUCUGCGGCUUGGAGGACCCUGAGGACGACUGGCCAUCCGGAAUGAACAGCUCACAGCCCGUGCUGCAGGCCCUGCACUGGAUGGCGACCCAAAGCGAAGUGACCACGCCGCCUAACCAUAGUCACCCGGUGUCCACACAACCCUACCCGGCAGAGACUGUGUACGAACUGGUGUCACAGGACGGCUUGGAAAAUGUGACCGUCGUCUUCGUACUGGUUCUGAUUCCCCUGCUGGCCGUCUUCGGCGUGGUGGGUAACAUCCUCAGCCUGGUGGUGUUGGUCAACGCGCGCAUGCGCUCUACCACCAACCUGUGCCUGGCAGGCCUGGCCAUCUCCGACCUGCUGCUCCUCUGCCACUCCUUAGCCUUCUCUGCAUUCCAAAUCCACGCCCGGCGCGACCCCGUGGGGGCGAAGUACGCGAGCGUGGUUACAUACCCCGUGCUGGCCGCCUACGGCAGCAUCGUGUGCGCACGCAUCACCACCUGGUUGACGACCAUGCUGGGCGUGGAGCGCUGCAUCGCCGUGUACUUCCCCAUGCGGGCACGCGCCAUCAACAGUCGGCGAGGCACACUGCUGGCUAUCGGCGCCAUCUACAUCGUGACGGCGCUGGCCUUUCUGCCCACGGCCCUACAGUACCACGUGACCUACGUGGGCGGAGGAGGCCCCAACAACAGCAGCAGUAGCAUGCCCGUGCUGGUGCACUCUGCACUGGGCCGCAACAAGGAGUUUAUGGUACCCUAUGGUAACGCUCUCAACGUCGUCUUUCGCUUCGUGCCGCUGGCGGUGCUGUGGUGGUCAACGCCCUCAUCAUCGCCGCCAUCCGCCGGACAGGCGUGUUGCGCCGCACCAUCAGCUGGAACCGCAGCCACACGGCAGGACAGGAGCAGGCGCGCAUCACUCUGAUGCUGCUGACGGUGUCGGGGGUCUUCCUGCUGUGCACGUUGCCCGGCGCCAUCAACACCAUCGUCUCACGCAGCGUGCACAGCUACUCCAAGCUGGGCCAGCAGAAAAACCUCUACCAGGCAGUCUCCACCGUCACGUACU